AUGGUUCUCUCAACUUCUCAACCAACUUGCGACAAGAAGAUAAUCGAGAAGAUACUCUUGAUUGUCAACAUAAUAUUUCCUUCUCAUUUCGAUCAAAUGGAUGCUGAACUGUCUUCGAAUUUUGAUCAAGAAUCAAGAACUUCGAUUCGAACAAUUGAUUACUCUGAAAACGGAACGAAUUCAAACCAACCUCAUUUGCUUCAAUCAGACAAAAUUGUGAAGAAUUUGGCGACGAAAUUACCUUUUGGGCCUUAUCCACUUUUCUCAAAUUGUAAACUUUAA